AGAUGAAGUUUAAUAAGACAGAUUAUUUCAUUGAUUUCGAAAAUUACAUCGAGUGGGUGAUAUAUAUUGGUACGGUAGUUUACGUGCUGCCUGGAAGAAGUACGAAAGCAAACGCACAGAUUGUAGCUGGAGCUAUCUCAAUUUUUCUUGCAUGGAUCAACUUCGCUUUGUUUCUAAAACGAUUUUCGUUUUUUGGAAUCUACAUCAUUAUGACGAAAAGAGUUUUUCUUACUGUUUGCAAGGUAUGUUUGAAGAACGCGAACCUAAGGUUCGAAAGUAUUUUGUAUACUUUGCAUGUAGUUACAUUCUUAAAAAAAUGCAUAUAAUAUAUAACGUGCAUGAAAUUUAAACCAGUCAUCUCGAUCUUUUUAGUAUUCGAAAGAUUUCCACCAAAAUGUAGCUAUCUGCAGUGUCGGAAAUCUUGGCUGGGAUGAGGAGCAAUCCUGGAGAAAAUGGACGAAUUUUCGGAAAUUUUCACGUAAAAGAGGGCUAAAAACAGUCCUUUCGAGUGCAAAUGGGGGAAAUUGUCCGAAAUUUGAGAUUUUGUCGGAAAUUUAGGAGGCUUUGCCCCCCCCCCCAGAAAAAGUGAAUUUCCGCCACUGGCUAUCUGAUAUAUGGAUUGUUUUUUAGUAAUAAUGUUUAUCCGUGUAUGGUCGUAACGUGUAGGAAUAUAAUCUCUUUAAUAAAUGAACAAGUUGAUAAUUUUUGUAUUUGAAAAGAUCCUCAGUUAGCAAGUUUACACAAAGUCAAAAGCGAAUUAAUUAAGUUGGUAUACAGAGUGGUGUUUCUGAUUGCGUGGUUGACGCUGCCGGACGGGUGCAUGUGUACCAAAUGUAUAGAUUCUAUAUUUUUAAUAUGUUUUACCGAAUCCAUCUACUGUGCGCAUACACAACAUAUAUACUUGUUUCUCUUUUUAAUGCGAAAUACAAUUUAAUUGUUUAUUAUUAUUACAUGUUAAUUGUGUUAUCUUGAUGUCUUAAUAUGCUGCAAUGGUCAUUGGGUAGCUACAUUUGAAUAAUUGUUAACCUUUGUCAUUUUCAUCAACAGGUGUUACCGCUAGUCGUAUUGUUUAUUGCUGCCUUUUCAUUUUCACUCUCCUUGCUCAUGCCUCUGGAUCAAGGUUUUAAUAAUGUCCCCGUUUCGCUGCUGACCACAUUUGUCAUGAUGACAGGAGAUCUAGAUUAUCGAGGAACUUUUCUGGCUAAUGGAUCGCUGCAUGUUCUACGGAAGAUAUUUCUUGUGCUAUUUAUACUUAUGGUGUCCAUUGCUAUCAUGAACUUACUCACUGGCCUUGCUGUUGGCGAUACGAACGAGAUAAUGAAUCGAUCGAAAGAGAAGAAAAGGAUUUACAAGGUAGCAAGCUAUAUUAAUGUAUUGAAAAACAAAAGAAAUUAGUGUUUAGUCAGCGCCUGUAAAUCUGAUACAGAUUUUAACUUGAUUAAUAUAUAACCAUUCGGCGUUCGGUUAAUUUUUCGCCUUAUACAUGCAGUAUAUUUUUCGCCUUAAACAUGUAGCACCGAAGAGAUAUAGCGCGCAAAGUCUGGAUAUCAGCCAUGUUUAUAACUAUUACCAAAAAUGCCACGUAUCGUCUUAGAAGCAACGAUCGAAAAAUUCACUUAAUUUAAACAAAGUGGAGAGUUUUAUGGAGUUUUAUGGAGUUAAGAAUUUUUUGUAACAUUCAUUUCAGUCCGAUGUCAUAUCGAUUUCAUAAUUUAUAGAAACAGUUAAUUGAUGGGUUUUGUAUAUGGAAAUUACCGAGUGCAAAUUUUAUAUAUAUUUAUUAGACCUAAGUUAGGUCACACCGCCCCCUGAAAAAAUCUUUUCGGCAAAAUAUCGGAUUUGUCAUUGAAAAAUAUUAGUUAGCGGGUGAAAUGUCGUCGGCAUGCAAAUGCGAGACAACACCCCCCCUGCUUUAGCUUCUUCGCGACAGCCCAAGUUCAACUAUAGGUCUCUGCACCGAUACAUAAAGCGCUCAACCGUAAUCGCAGUGCCACAAGUUCGAUUCCUUUUUUUCGUCUAUAUUGUUGAUUUAUUAAUUAAUACGUCUGCUUGUCUCGGAGCCAUGCUUCAGUUUUUAGUUCUUAACAAUGCUGUACGCAUGCGUAUUAUUGCAAUGGUGUCAAUUUAUUUAGUACAAAUAACUAUGGCGUCAGAUUUCCACCAAUAUUUAUGUUGAUAUUAAUUCAACAUGUUUCCGUCAUUGAAGUGAAUUUCGACAUUGGACAUAUCAAAUUCAGCAUGCCACUUUCAUCCAACGUUGCUUCAAUUUCAACAUGUUGAUGUUACAAUGUAAUUUGAAUAUUGAACAUGUCAAAUUUAAGUGAAAUACAACAUUGCAGUAUAGAUAUUGAAGUAAUUUUCGAUGUUGAAGUUUCAAGACAGGUUGAAAACGCAUCACCACAUUUAUUUGAGAAGUGAAUAUUGGCGGCUAUAAUGCACCGCGCUAAAUUUCCGCCAUUAUUAAGUUGCAUUUUUCGUAGCUGUUCCUGGUUAGGUCUGAUAAUAUAAAAUUUCCACUCGUUAAUUACCAUUAACUGAGAUUCCUUCUGCUAUUAGUUAAUUGGCGUCUCAGUCAUAUACUAGGACAUGCAUGUAAGUUGAAAAUUUGACAUUAUUUUAGAACGAAUAAUGGAGUUUUUUCGGGAAUCCUACCGUUGCACCAUUUUUGAGACUCUAUAUUUGUUAUAUGGGUAAAUAUCUGAGGAUAUUUCAGGGCAUCUCACCAUAUGAAGCUUAAUAGACAGACACAAAUAAGACUAAAAUGGUUUUGGCAAAAAAGAGACUAAAAUGGUUUGGGAAAAAAGACUAAAAUGGUUUCAAAUGCAAUAAAAAUUCACUGUGUUUCCGGGAAAAUAUUUUACCAGCGGUUUUUGUAGCCAUUGGUGUUUAUUCAAACCAUGGGAGGCUUUAAUUUGUAUGCAUAUACUAUUUAAAACAUGAGCAGCAGUGUUUUAUCAGAUAUAAAGAUACGAGGCGAAGUCGAGUAUCUUUAGGCCUGAUAGGACACGCACUGCGAAUGUUUUAAAUUACUUCAAAAACGGUCGAUCUAUUGUAAGUUCAUUGGCAACGUAAUUUUGAAAAAAUGAAGCAAAGUGAGCAUGUAUGUGGAUAUCGGCAGAAGAGUUUCCUAAUUCUUUCCCAAUAAUACGACUUAGUAUAAUUACAUAGGUGAUUAUUGAAAAUUCUCCAGGCUGAUUGAUUGCCGUUGAGGUGAUUAUAACGCGAUAAUCACCUGAGUGAUUUUCACUGAUAAUCACCUCGCCUUAAUUCGGCGAAUAAUGGUUAAUUAUACGUCACUACGCCAUGCACUGCAAGUGUGCAUUCACAACGAAAGAUUGAGUCUCGCAUGAUCUGAAAAAACACCCAUGACUACAAGAACAAUUGCUACAAUACUUUCACGGUAAAACAAUAAAUGUUUAUUGAAUUUAAGCCAUUUUAGUCCUUUUUGUUUCCUGCAUUACAACAAUAUCUAUUGGGCCUCCUAUGCCUGAUCUUACUAGAUUAAACUAUAAAUAUUGUUGGAUUUUGUAGAUGUAAGUUUCAAGUGUAAAUUUUACAGAUUUUGAUUCAGAUCUAACAUGCAGGAGCAGCUGCGAAAAAUGCAACGGUAUAUCGUUAUUCUUCUCAACCCAUAAAAGAGCGUGUUUUGAAAAAUCUGAGCACGCCAUAUUUAAGCCAAGGUUCCAUAUGGUCGUAAGGAAACCUGGUUUUAGUUUUAAAAAUGUUAAAAUGCUUUUGAAUAUUUAAAAAAGAAAAAUUUCCAUUUUGGCUUUCACACAAUCACAGUAUAUCAAGAAAAGGGAGAUUUAUAUUUUAUAUAAUUAUUUAAUUAUAUUUAUUCAACAUAUCUAUAAAUUGUAAAUUGUAAACACAAAACUACCAAGUGACUGUACGUACUUUCAUGACAGUUCGCUGCCGGCCAUUGCUGUUGUUCGAUGUGUUUGGCUGUUCGCCCACCCCCUAAAAAACCUCGCUGGAUCCACUACUGGACUGGGACACUAUCAGCAAUAAAGGAAUAUAUACAUUGUAGUUAUACAAAUAUUUAGAUACUUGUAAUUUCUAGUACGUGAUAAUACAAUUCUUAAUUAUUACGUUUAUAUUUAGGCAACUCUGGUUAUAACAUUGGAAAGAAAUUUGCACAAUUUUCCCAUUUUUUCACCACCUAAAAUUAAGAACAUUAACAUUCAAGACCAUCCGGAUGAGAAGGUGGAAUGCUCGAGCUCGUGGCUGUUGCGACAAUGGGAAAAGGUAAAUAUAAUAAAAUGUAUAUUAUAGACUUUAUUUUGAUGACGCUCUGGUCUCGUCAACACUUACUCAUUCUUCACUAUAAACGUCAAAAUGAUUAUUAAUAUAAAAGCGUAUUAAUACAAAAGCGUAUUAAUGGAAGGCAAUUAUACGUACAUGCCAAAAUGUGUGUGCAUGGCAGAUGCCUGAAAAUUUUAUAGAAAUACUUGCUUUUAAGUUAAAAAUACUUGCAUUUAAGUUAUAUUGUAACUACUUUAGGUUUACGACGAUGAAGAAUUGGAAGAACGUUUAAACGAGAUGAAAAAUGACGAAGAAGAUCAUGAGAAGAAAUUGGAUGGACUGAGAGAAGAAAUAAAGAAGACGAAUGAUCUGGUGCAUAAAAAUACAGCAGCUAUGGAGACAAAGAUUGAAAAUAGAUUAAAAAAUAUUGAGGCGAUGUUGGCACAAAUUCAAGCUGGGGGUAUAUUGCAUUCUAGUAACUGAAAUAUUGCUAUGUAAAUUUACUUGCAUGUGCUGUUAUUAGUAUUUAAUAGUGAUUCAAUUUAGGCAGUUUCGCACAAUGGAAUUGUAUACAUACAAGGUUAGAUGACAUUUAUUUAACACAUUAGCAGUAAGAAAGUUAUGUAAGCACAAAAUUAAUUUAAAUGUGGGCAGCUGUUGCAAUAAAAAUAUUGACACAUAAUCACGAUAUAGCGGUAAUUAAUAUUGGCGCAGCGUGC